GAAAAACCGGUUGCACCUUGCAAGGACGCGCCAAAAAAAAAUCCUCUCCCCAGAGGUGCUAAACUUUUCCAACAUUCAGUGAAGAAGGAAAUCGGUGUUCAGAUAAGAUCUGCCUUUUUGUCGAAAGUAGUGUUUCGGUGUGAAACGACGUCGACCCCAUUUUGCGAUAAAUCCGACACUAUCACGGGUGAAAAACAAUAACUCUGUAGAAAUGAUGCAACCACUUGUGCUGGAAAAGUAGAAACGAAGGAAACCCACAGUACGUCAAGUGAACCCACAGCAAGACAGUGAAACCUAGCCAAAUUAGCGCGAGUGAAACAAUAGCGAGAUAAAUUAAAAGAUGAAGGAAAAGUACAUGAGAGUGGGUGGAAGAAGAAAAAUGACUCCGGGCCGGUUGCUUCCUCUGCUGUUGGUGAUGCUCGCGAGUUACUGCACUGCAGCGGAAAGUGAUGUUUCCUCGGCAUUAAAUAAGGAUUACGUCGGCAAGAAUAUCCUACCGGAUCUGAGCGAGAUCAAACUGGAUUCAGUACCCGAGCCCCAUCGGAAUGCUGCGGAGCAGUUCAAAACCCUUUGGAACGAGCAUCUUACCGGUGUGGAUGAUUAUGAUGUGGUAAAAGAUAUUCCAUUCACGUUGAUCGUUCCGGACAAGAUCGAUCGGGUGGCACUGGAAGGGAACGAGCCACGUGCGCGGGAAUUCCUGCUGGAGCACGUCAUUCCCGGAGCGUUGAUGCAGAUGAACUAUCGCAACGUGUACGGGAACAUGAAUCAACACCCGGUAGGGGUGAACCUGACUUGCGUAAAUAUGGUGAUGGGUUACGUGCUGCGGAACAUGAUGAACCAGGAGACGAAAUAUGCCGCCCGGCACAACGUGAGCGCCUCGCUGACGAUGGUCUUCAUCGAGGGCAAUCUAACCGAGAAUAAGGCCUUCAACAGCAACAAGCUGAACAAGCGGAACAUUCAGGAGAAUAACAGAUACAACGAACCGCAGAGGCUGGAGAUGAAAAAUGCCACCAAAGAGCUGGCCGCCAACAAGGAGAACCGCAUCGGGCAGCAGCUGAUGAACUUCCUGGCCAGCAUGAAGUCCGGAACGAAGGUGUUCCAGCACUUCCUAUCGAACAGCAACUUGAGCCAGCUGUUGGAUGACGCUUCGUACAUGGUGUUGAUCCCUUCGGACACGGCAUUCCAACGGUGGCAUCCGAUCGAUUGGGGAUUCUAUCCGUUCAGUGUGCAGGAGUUUACGGAAAGCGUGCUGCGAAACCAUUUCAUACGGGUGGGGCUUCCACUGCGGAUGGCUGAUCUAAGGGGAAUGUCCGAGGAUCAGAAAUUCAAGACUCUCGGAGGAGAGUACGUUGUACUUAGAGGGAAACCAACACCCACCGCAAAUAAUGUCUCUAUCAUCUACGACUACACGCUUUCCAACAGAAUUGAAGUCUUCGUUACAUCCGAGGUAUUGUUCGUUUCCGAAGCCGUUGUGUCACGACUUCAUCAGAUGCACAAAGACAAGGAAACGCCUCCACUGUUGGCCUUCCCGUGGUUCGGUGCCCAAUUCCUAUCGCACUCCUUCCUAGCGCUGGAACGGGACAAUCGUUUUACGCAGAUCACCCGCUUCCUGAACACGGCAGAAAUCGCCCAGUUCAUCUCCGGCUCGAACUAUACCUUCUUCGUACCGACGGAUGAAGCAUUCGAACGGUACAGUUUCGAUGUUCUCCCGGAUAACGUCCUGGCCUCGGAGAAAGGAGUCAAGCUACUGUUGAAUCACUUCAUCAAAGGUCGCUUGUACGAUCGGGACCUAAAGGACGGUGAGGUUCUGGAAACGAUCGGUGGCACUCCGGUGAAAAUCCAUCGCACAUUCGACAACAAUGUAACGGUCAACAGUGCCAAGAUAGUGGAAUCGGAAGUGUUCGUCUACAACCUGGGAACCAUGUUCUACGUGAACGAUGUGCUCUACCCGGAAUUGAUCAAGGAUGAAGUCACUGCACUGACCGAGAUCAAAAACACCGACAAGAACGUUCCCGAGGAAACUGGAGAUGUGUACACGACGGAGACCAAUCAAGUGGAGCCAUCCUCGUCGACAACCCAUCGAACGUUAUUCUACACGACGAGUGCCGACGUGGAGAUUGUGCCGUUGGAGUUCACCGAGCAGAACGGCAGCGAGGACGAUGUUCUUCUACAGGAUGAUGAAAUAAUUACGCCUAAGGCGUUACCAGUCAAGUAUUACUAUUCACCUAAGAAGUGAAUGGUCCACGGUGCGGCUCAACGUUAGGGAUGAAAAUUUUGCUUUCGCAGAGGGCGAAAGCAAUUCGGCACGGAACAUUGUAAGCAUUGUGCAGGCCUCAUAACUAUCGUUCUGUUAUCUGCUCUAGCAAGGCAUAGCACGAAACAGCUUAAGCUCAAAGAAGUUUUUUUUUAUAGAAAAUCAAACACCAUCAUCUCAUUCCCAAUCAUUCGGGUAAAUAAAAAGUCAAAAGAAGAUAUCAUGUCCCAUUUCGCUAAAUGUAUCACGAAUCACCUCUUGUAGUCGUGAUAGCAUACUCAAUAUCUGAAUGGUCUUCCUGGAAUAUACACAAAACCGACAGUCUUUUGAUAAAAUGUUUCGAUUCAAUGGGAAGUCACAAACAAAGAAAACUACUGCAAAUGCUAUUGAGUAGAAAACUCUAGAACAAAUAGCUUUGCAACGGCAUUAGGUGCAGAUUGAUAAAAAAAAACAACUACAAAAAAUAUACGCAUUUCCUGUAGUUUGCUGUUAAAUAGAAGAAAAAAAAAGAUAACAAUAACAAAUACUAAACGAACACAACAGAUCUACUGACUAGUUGUUAAGAAGUAAGUUGUGAGUAAUCUCAUUAGCUGUUAAGCUACAAUUUUCCCAUGAAAUGAGUAUUUAUUGAAAUAGUAUUUUUUUUUUAUUCUGUUAUGUUAACAAUAAUUUCUCAUCGGCACACGGCACACGGCACAUAUCACAUCGGCACUGCAGAUAAUUGGGUGAUAAAAUAUUCGAAAUUGCACAGCUCAAUUUGAUUUGAGAAUGGAAAAGCGGUUGUAAAACGACAGUGUUGUGAUUGGCCAGUCACACAUAUCAACCUUUGAUCUGAGUAAAACAAGUUGUCGACAAUUAUUCAAUUGCUGAAAUCUCCCAUAUUUGUACAUUGUAUGUUACUUUUGUAAAAAAAAAUAUGUUUAAAUAAAAUGUGGUAAAAUGA